AAGAGAGAGAGAAGUUUAGCGAACGCCUCCUGGUCUCCAGACAAAAGAAUACACCGCACAGUGACGUCUGAGAGGGGGGUAUUUUGGACAUUCUCUCACACAAACACGCACACACAUAUUUAAAGUGAUCAAGAAGGAGGGAGCCGCGUGCCUGAAGCUCGUUGCGAACUGAUGCCUCGGACUACGAUGAACAGAAACUCCCCCACAUUUCAACUCUGACCUCAAGGAUUUGCAGAGAGAGAGAGAGAGAGAGAAAGAGAAAGAGAAGUGGAGAAGAUAGAAAGAAGCAGAGAGGGGUGGGUUUGAGGACUUGUUGUUCCAGUUGGGCAGCAGGGGCUCUACAAGUAGAGAGAGUCUUGAGUAGCCUAAGCAAAGGCACCAACGUACCAGCUCCUAGCAACACAGACCGGAGAAUCCAUGCUUUACUCAUCUGUACUCCUCUGAAAGCAAUGUGGCUUUGCUGAAGAAAAAAAAAGAAAAGAAAAACAAUCUACUGCCUACACAGAAAAACCAGCUGCACACAGAAGUCAGACAAGGGCAAAAAGCAAAGCACUGACGAAAGGAAAAGAAAAUAAAGUACAAAAAUACAGCCAAUAUCAAGCGAGGACCGAGACCAAGAGUCAAGCUGCAGUCAGCCGGAGCCAGUGGAAUGGACCUAGGUGUCAGCUGGAUUAAUCCCCACGUACCCACACUGCUGGCUGAGGAGGAGGGCUGAGGAUCUGCUGCAACGACAUCCAACUCCUGAAUGAGGAUGAAUGGAGAUGUUCUUUAGCUAAGCCUUAAAACAACACUCUUGCCAAUUCCACCUCUGUGUGAGCUGGAACAACAAAAGUGAGCAGCUGGAAGAAGAGGAGAGCGUGGUGGUGGAGGAGGUGGAGAGGAGCCGGGGGGCCCAGGGCACCGCUGCUGGCCCGGGGGAGAGGCGAGGGAGCCGGCGGCGCACUGAGGACGAACAGGAGCCGGAGGAGGGACGCGGCGGAGGGGGAGAGGUGGCGGGUGCCGGGCGUCGCAUGGCCGUGCAAAGACUGGUGGCGGCAGCGGUGGCGGUAGCCCUGCUGUCCCUGGUCCUAAACAAUGUUGCAGCCUUCACACCCAGCUGGGUUCUGCAGGCUCUGGAGGACGGACGUAAGCGGAGCGUGGGACUGUGGAAGAUGUGCCCCACUGGUGGGGAAAAGGGCCGUGACGACCUACAGGCUGGAAGAAGGGUCCAAGGAACACAGAGGCACUGCGAAAGCCUCGGAUGGGGCUCUGAGUACGCAGGCUACCAAGAAUCCCGCAGCACAGUCAAAUUGCAGUUUAACAUGAUGCGAGCCUGUAACCUGAUGGCGACAGUGGCCCUGACUGCCGGUCAGCUGAUCUUCCUUCUAGGCCUGAUGGAGCUGCCCUUCAUCACACAGGAAUCUCAGUGGUGGGAGGAGGCCAUCGCUGCACUCUUCCAGCUAGCCAGUUUUGUGCUGGUGAUUGGACUCGUGACCUUCUACAGGAUUGGGCCCUACACACACCUGUCCUACUCCUGUUACUUGGACAUAGCUGCUUGCCUUCUGGCCACCAUGGCUGCAGCCAUGCUCAUCUGGAACAUUUUACACCGCCGCGAUGACUGCCUCACACCUCCAGUUAUAAUCAUCAGAUCACUGGCGUCACCUUUUCAUCCACGGCUAGACAAUGAUUACGUGGAGUCACCUUGUUGAGACAUGGAACCUCACAUCCCAGGCCAAUAAGGAGCGACAGUGACAAGACAGAGAUUUUAACCAGUUGUGUUUUUGUUCCAGCUAAGUGCCUAAAAUUUGACUCUCAAGACAAGGUGACAUUACUCUGGAUCUACAACAGCUGGACUAACAUGUAACUUCAAUUACAUUAAAUUUCUCCCACUUGUUUUCCUAAAGUUAUCAGAAUGAUUUUGCUGUCUAGUGCACAGAAGUCACAUAUUUAAGUAAAACUAAUGUAUAAAGCAGCCCCAAAGUUCCAUUCAUAUACAGUGUGAUGUAUCGAAUGGUCAUGCUUGUGGUGAGUUAAGUGUUAGCUGGUAUGGAAUUUGGACUGUCUUGUACAAAACCUUCUUGUGAAGAAAGAUCAAGCUGGAACUUGACCUUUUUAUAAAUGCGCACUUAUUAAAUGGUCUCCUGCAUAAUUAUAAAUUGGAAAGAAUGCAAGAUGUUGAAAUUAUAAUACCAGAAUACCUCAUAUUUUUCUCCAUUCUUUCAAAGCAUAUUAAAAUUUUAAUACAUAUUAAUAUUAAUGAUAUAUGUUACAGUAAAGUAGAUAAACUAACAAGGUGAAAGCAGAAGAGUCGGUGACAUUUUUUUUUGCGCUUGAUCAAAUUAUUUAAUUUCAGAAGAUCCAAUGGCAAUCACCUAGCAAAACACAACAAGGUAUACUCUCACUCUGUGAGUCAUUGCUACAGGAAUAUUUUUACUCUUCAAACAAGUAAAAUAAAUUGGAUGGAAACUGACAUUUUAAUCAGUUGUUGUUAAAUGAAUGGGAACAACUACUUUGCCAAUGUACUGCAGUUUUUAGAUAACAUGCACAUUUCACAGCUUAAGUUCAUUUUUUUGAUGCUUUCCAUAUGAAACUGCUCGCUUGUGGUACAUACUGUAUACUUAAAUUAAUAUAAUAUAAAAUAAUAGAAUAGUGCUUUCGUAACUAGUUGCAUUACUGUGAUCAUAUCAUACUUUUGCAAAGAUCUCCUGGCUAUAUGUAGGUCAUGGGGCACAGUAAAAUAAUAAUAUAUCAAAUUCAAUAAAUUCAUUGCUAAACAUUCAAA